UAGUUUGUCUUGUUAUCAAAUUUAUCGUUGUUCCUAAUAAGAUACUUACACUAAUAGAUUAUAAAAUAGGUAUGACAUUAUACUACAAUUAUUGCUAUUAAUAAUUUUAACCACAAAAUAAGAAAAUAUUCUGCGCUGUUAAUUCUUUAAUUUUUGUGAAAUUUUGUUCAUUUGAGUACCAUGCAAGAGUAAUGUCUACAUUCAAAUUCAUUGAUGUGAGCGCAAAUCUUACUCAUGCCCAGUACUCAGGUUGUUAUGGACAUCCUCCAACUAAGAUCCACAAAGCAGAUUUACAACAAGUAUUAGAAAGAAGCUGGGAAGCUGGUUUGCAAAGGAUAAUUAUUUCUACCCGAGAUUUAAACGAAAGUAUAAAAGGUCUGAAAAUAGCACAAAGUGAUAAGAGAUUAUUUUGUAUGAUUGGUUGUGAUUAUGCAAAUUCUUUACACUUUGAAGAAAAGGGAGAAACAGAUUUAUAUAUACAACAAGUAACAGAUGUAAUAUCGUCAGGAAAAGAAAAAGUUGUUGCUAUCGGAGAAUGUGGUCUGAAUUCCUGUAAUAAAUAUUAUUAUCCAUUGGAUUUUCAGUUGAAAUAUUUUAAAAUUCAACUACAAAUGAGUAAAAUAUUCAAAUUGCCUUUUAUUUUGUCCUUAUGUGGAAACGACAUUGAUAAGUUAAUGCUUAAUGAGUUAAGUAACUAUCCAGAAUUAAGAGGAGUUAUAUACAUCUUUAGUCCAACCGUACAAGUGAUGACGCGAUUUGUAGAGGCGGGCUUUUAUAUUGGGUUAGAUACAUGGUCUUUUAAGUCUGAAGAGACGAUUGAAGCCGUUAAAAUAAUACCUUUAGACAAAAUUAUAUUUCAAACAAAUUGUCCAAAUAGGAUAAUACUGCGCAGUUUUCCGGGGUAUUGGUAUAUUUCUAGAAAGAACUUAGAUGAUUUGUUGACAACCAAGAAAGAAAAGUGGAGGCCAGACUUUAUGGUAAACGAGAGGAGCGAACCAUGUUGUAUAAGACAAAUACUGGAUAUGACGGCCCUUGUGACUAACAUGAACAAACAUGAUUUAGCAGAACAAGUUUAUCAGAACACCAUGCGUUUAUUUUUUCCUGGUGAGAAUAAUUAAUUUUGCCUGAAAAUCUGGAUAUAUUAGGGAAUCUUUUGGUGUUUCGUCUCGAUGCUGAAUAACUUGAAAUUUUUGGUUAGACAUGUCAAUGUAAUUUUUAGCAAAAUUAAGCAAAAAUGGUAUUCAACACAUCAAUCAAUAACGAAUAGUAUUUCUUUAUAGAUGAAACAGUAAACAGCUAGUCGUAAAAUAAUACGAAUUAUUGUAAAAUGACAAUAAUAAAAUAAUGGUUUAACAAUAUUAUUUAGUGGCAUCAUGGCAGCUAGAGAACAUAUUGUAACGAGAGUUAAUUUUGACCGACUUCAAGUAACGGUUCAAACUCGGUAUAGCCUGGAACCUUCUUUACCGAACACGUUAUACAGUGCUAGUCAAAAGUCCGUACCCCCCUCGUAUCUUUUGAACGGUUAUACUUAUAAUAGUGAAAUUUGGAGGGAGGAAAUGAACGGACGUAUGCUUCUUAACUAGAUAUGACAGGUGACGUAAAAGUGACAGAUGACUUUACAGCGCCACUGUGACAGAUAAUUUUAAAUGGUACCCUAUGGUAAGCGAUACCUCGUUUGAUAGGUAUUGAAAAUACUUAUUCAGCGAUACUAAUUUUGUUUGAGUUUAAGCUCAUUUGGAUAAAUAAAUGAAAUAAUAUAAAAUUGUAGUCUCGCAUUUAAUUAAUAAAAAUUCAAACCUCCGCCUAUGGUUACUUGUCAAAAAGGUUGACGUUGACGUAAAAACUACUAGAGAGCUGAAAAAUGUCAACUUUUUUGACAAAAUAACCAUGGGCGGAGAUUUGAAUUUUUUAUAAUUAAAUGCGAAACUACAAAGUUAUAUUUAUUUCAUUUAUUCACCAAAAUCCAAAAUCAACUUAAACCCAAAAAAUUAGUAUGACUGAAUAGGUAUUUUAAAUACCUUUCAAAUGAGGUGUCACUUGCCAUAAGGUCCCAUUUAAAAUUAUCUGUCACAGUGGCGCUGUAAAGUUAUCUGUCACUAUUACGUCACCUGUCAUGACUAGUUGAGAAGCGUACGUCCGUUUAUUUCCUCCCUCCAAAUUUCACUAUUAUAUGUAUAACCGUUCAAAAGAUACGAGGGGGGUACGGACUUUUGACUAGCACUGUAUACUAGACGCAGCAAGAAGCGACUGUCAGAAUACCGGUACUAGAGAUGAGCAGAACUUUCUGGAAUAACGGUAUUAUGUAUAAACGAGGAACGUUUUUGUUAGUAGAGUUUAGUUAUAAGAUACACUCAGAGUUGUAAACUUAUUAAAAUAAAUAGUUGCAUAUAAAA